CUGCGGUACCUCUCCACCGACUCCAGUUUCUUGAGGUCGAUCACGUCAUUAGGCAUGGGACCCAGAGGAGGGGUCCGUUUGCAGAGGGCCACUAUCAUGAGGAAACACCCCAGAGAGGUAUCUGGUCUGUGUUCAGAGAUGGAGUCUCAGAAUCCAAACCUGACCUGCAUAAUCUGCUUUGAGCGGUUCAGGUACCCAGUGACCAUCCCCUGUGGCCACACCUUCUGUCAGAGGUGCAUCACCACUCACUGGGACACCAAGAGCAAGGCUGACAUCGGACCUCACUGCCCCAUCUGCAACGAGCCCUUUGAGAAAAGGCCCGUCCUCAAACGCAAUGUGUCCCUGUCAGUCCUGACUGAGGCUGCAAACAGCAGCGGCCCCCCCAGCAGAGAGUUGCUCCUGAGGGGGGGUGAAGCGGCUAAAGCCAUGCUGCUGUGUGAGCGCCACAAAAAGCCUCUGGUGUAUUACUGCAGGCAGGACAAGAUGUCCGUUUGCUGCGAGUGUGGCAUCUCAGAGUGUGUGACCCAUGAGAAGGUGCUGCUGGAGGCAGAGAGGGAGAACCAGGAGCUGCUGCUGGAGAGGAAGAGCAAGGAGGUGGGGAAACUCAUCGAGGAGACACAGAAAAGUAUCAGUGAACUGGCUGAGAACAUUAACCAGGCUAAGGUGACUCUUGAGCAGACCUCAGCCUGGGUCAGUAUGAAGUUCUCCACGCUGCUGAAGGUCCUGGCUGAGAAGCAGCAGGCCACGGAGCUGUUCGUCGACGAGCAGAGGGAGGCCGCCAUCACUGAGGCCGAGGCCCGGCUCUCUGAGCUGCAGGAGAACAACCAGAGACUCAAAGAGAGCCAAGAACAGAUAGCAGCUCUGCACCAGCUCCCCGACACAGAGCUCAUCAAGUUUCCUCUCUCUCCUCAGGAGUCUCUGCUCGUAGAAGUUCCUCGUUUUAAGGACGUCCCCACAGACGUGUCCCCCAACCUUCAGGACCGCUUGAACGGGGUCACGGACGUGUUGUCCCGGGUCUCUAAGCUGGUGUCGGAGGACCUGGACAAAGCUGUGAGCGUGGCUGUGGGUCAGGACAGAGACGGUUCUCCUCAGGACAAGAGGCCGAUCCUCGCUGUGGUUCCCAGUCCAGCUGCUCCGUGUCACCCUGGGGGGAAGGAGGGCCUCAGCGCCUACCGAUGCUCUCUGACCUUUGACCCCCGUACGGCCAACGGGCACCUGUUUCUGUCCCAGGAGAACCGGCGGGCGGAGCACCUGACCUCCGGGCCCCGCCACGUCCCAGCUCACGAGGCCCGCUUCGAUCACACCUGGCAGGUGCUCUGUUUUCAGGGCUUCACCCGAGGACAACACUACUGGGAGCUGCAGGUGUCCAAGCCCUGGGCCUACCUGGGGGUGACCUACGAGGCCAUUCCCAGGAAGGAGAAGGGGAAGAGGUGCAUGGUGGGAAUGAACGAACUGUCCUGGAGCCUGCAGCUGGACGAGCAUCAGCUGAGCGCCUGGCACAACGGGCGGAGGGAGACCCUGGGGGGCCACUCCCAGCACAGCCGCAUCGGGAUGCUGCUGGACUAUGAGGCGGGGACGCUGACCUACUACGGAGACGGAAAGACCAGGCUCCACGCCUUCCACUGUAUCUUCACCCAGGAGCUCUUCCCCGCCUGCUGGAUCGGGGAGGGGGUCAGCAUCACCCUCUGCUCAACAUGAGGAGACUGAAGAAGACCCCCCCCCCCCCCCCCCUACAUGAGGAGACUGAAGAGGAGAGCUCAGCACAGAGGACCCCCCCCCCCCCCCAAAUCAUUUUAUUCUUUUUACUGUGACUUCCUUCUUUGUUUUCAGCAGAACUAACUGUGAUGGACUCGGCCCUUCACUCAUUGUGUCCUCACAUGUAACAAAGACAGAGCUAAUGAAAGGUCAAAGGUCAUGAAGGUCCUGAGCUCCUGCUUUCCUUUGGUUUGUUUUCUCUUCUUAUGAUUUUAGAUAGAAGCUCAGAGUCACAUGAUCAUUGAUUCUGAAACACCUGAUCCUGUCUGUUCCUCUGAGCUGGAGAUUGUAACAACAACAACAAACUCCUCCUGGACCUCAGGCGUGUUGAACUUUAGAGACUCACCUGAGCCGAGUGGAAACCUGUUCUCCAGGUCUUCGGUCAGAGAAUUUGUUUAGUUCAGGUCUCCAGAUAAAAACUAAAGCUGAUGCUGAUGAACUUUCUUCAGAGUCCAGAUGUGACAGGUGUGAACCAGUCAAUCAUGUGAUCAGGACAAUGAGCUGUUAAAAGUACAAUCUCCUCAGUGACAACGGGAUGAAAGCACACACUGAACUGUCUUCACCCUGUCAUGGAACCUGCUGAUGUUUUUAAUUGACUUAAGAGUUGUUUUUAAAUCAUGAGCUCUUAACGAGCAGAGCUGUGAACACUGGGGCCCCUGAGGCUCCUGAGGCCCCUGACACAAGCUUCAGUCUUUGGGACUCUGCAGACAAGAACUACUGACUGUGAGAACCCCCCCCCCCCCCGCUGUGUUAAUCUGUAAUGAAGCAAUAUUGAGAUGUUCAGUGUAGAAAUAAAACAGACGUUUCCA